CCUCUGCCCCCUCCCUUGCCGGGCCCUCAGCACCUGAAGGCGGGGCCCCUGAAGGACCCCCUGCUGGACGACCAGGGGGACUUCGUGCGGAUGUGCGGGGCCAUGAAGAGGAUCGGGCUGGACGACGCGGAGAAGCUGGACCUGUUCCGCGUGGUGGCCGGGGUGCUGCACCUGGGGAACGUGGACUUUGAGGAGGCAGGCAGCACCUCGGGUGGCUGCACCAUCAGGAACCAGUCGUCCCAGAGCCUGCAGUGCUGCGCGGAGCUGCUGGGCCUGGAGCAGGACGACCUCCGGGUCAGCCUCACCUCCAGGAUCAUGCUCACCUCCGCCGGCGGCGCCAAGGGCACCGUCAUCAAGGUUCCGCUGAAGCCGGAGCAGGCCAACAACGCGCGCGACGCGCUGGCCAAGGCGGUGUACAGCCGGCUGUUCGACCACGUGGUCACCAGGGUCAACCAGUGCUUCCCCUUCCAGGCCUCCUCCAACUUCAUCGGAGUGCUGGACAUCGCUGGCUUCGAAUACUUUGAGCACAACAGCUUUGAGCAGUUCUGCAUCAACUACUGCAACGAGAAGCUGCAACAGUUCUUCAACGAGCGCAUCCUGAAGGAGGAACAAGAGCUGUACAACAAGGAGGGCCUGGGGGUGAACGAGGUCCACUACGUCGACAAUCAAGACUGCAUAGACCUGGUGGAGGCCCGCCUCCUGGGCAUCCUGGACAUCCUGGACGAGGAGAACCGCCUCCCCCAGCCCAGUGACCAGCACUUCACCGAUACGGUGCACAGCAAGCACAAGAACCACUUCAGGCUCACGAUCCCCAGGAAGUCCAAGCUGUCGGUCCACAGGAACGUCCGCGACGACGAGGGCUUCAUCGUGCGCCACUUCGCCGGAGCCGUGUGCUACGAGACGACCAAGUUCGUGGAGAAGAACAACGACGCGCUGCACAUGUCCCUGGAGACGCUGGUCAGCGAGUCGGGCGACGCCUUCGUGAGGCAGCUGUUCGAGGCGCCGCUCAACGGAAAGGACGCCAAGCUGAAGGCCGGCAAGCUGGGCUUCAUCAGCGUGGGCAACAAGUUCAAGACCCAGCUCAACGUUCUGCUGGAGAAACUACGCAGCACGGGCUCCAGUUUCAUCCGCUGCAUCAAGCCCAACCUGAAGAUGAUCAGCCACCACUUUGAAGGAGCGCAGAUCCUGUCCCAGCUACAGUGCUCUGGCAUGGUGUCGGUGCUGGACCUGAUGCAGGGCGGGUUCCCGUCCCGCGCUCCGUUCCAUGAGCUCUACAACAUGUACCAGCAGUAUAUGCCCCCCAAGCUCACCCGCCUGGACCCACGGCUCUUCUGCAAGGCUCUAUUCAAGGCGCUGGGACUGAAUGAGAACGACUACAAGUUCGGUCUGACCAGAGUGUUCUUUCGGCCGGGAAAGUUCUCGGAGUUCGACCAGAUCAUGCGGUCGGACCCGGACCACCUGGCGGAGCUGGUGAAGAAGGUGUACAAGUGGCUGAUGCACAGCCGCUGGAAGAAGGUCCAGUGGGGGGCGCUGUCCGUCAUCAAACUGAAGAACAAGAUGGUUUACCGGGCCAAGGCCUGCAUCAUCAUGCAGAAGACGAUCCGUAUGUGGCUCUGCCGGAGGAAACACAAACCACGCAUCGACGGUCUGGUGAAGGUGCGCAGCCUGAAGACCAGGAUGUCGCGCUUCACGGAGGUGGUCGGCGGGCUGAAGGAGGGCCAGCAGGAGAUGAGCCGGCAGGUCCUGGAGCUGGAGGCCUCCAUCGACCUGCUGAUGGCCAAGAUCAAGAGCACCAUGAUGUCCCGCCUUGACAUCGACCACGAGCACCAGGCCCUUGUGGGGCGCUCAGAGAAGCUGCUGACCGCCAUGCAGAACAAGAAGAAGGAGGAGGAGGAACGCGAGCGGCUGAAGCGCAUCCAGGAGGACAUGGACCGCGAGCGGCAGCGGAGGGAGGAGGAGGAACAGCGACGCCGGCAGGACGACGACGACCGCAGACUGAAAUCGGAGAUGGAGCAGAAGAGGAAGGUGGAGGAGGAGGAGAGGAAGAAGAGGGAUGAGGAGGAGAGGAUCAUCCAGGUGGAGAUGGAGGCGCAGGUGGAGGCGGAGCGGGAGGAGGAGAAUUCCCGGCAGGCGGUUCAGGAGCAGGAGCGCCGCGACAGGGAGCUAGCGCUCCGCAUCGCCCAGAGCGAGGCGGAGCUCAUCCCCGAGGAGACGCAGGCCGACGCGCUGCUGCGCAGUAACGGUUCAUCAGGUGCCCCAUCAUCUCCAGACCGAGCCGCUGCCGGUGCCGGCGGGAAGUUGAAGGGUUUGACCAUGGAGGAAAUGGCCAUGGAAAUGACCGAGCUCCUCGCUAGGGGGCCGCUGGUGCAGGCGUCCAAGGCGGCGGCGGGCGUGAAGAAGUACGAGCUGAGCAAGUGGAAGUACGCCGAGCUGCGGGACGCCAUCAACACCUCCUGCGACAUUGAGCUGCUGGCCGCCUGCAGGGAGGAGUUCCACCGGCGCCUGAAGGUCUACCACGCAUGGAAGUCCAAGAACAAGAAGCGUAACACGGACGGACCCGACCUGCGCGCCCCCAAGUCCAUCACCGACUACGGUCGCAUCACGCCAGCCAAGGCAGCAUCCCAGGCCAACCCGGCCCCGCCCCUCCCGGUGCGGCAGCAGGAGGUGGCCAUGAACCGGCAGCAGCGGUACUUCCGCAUCCCGUUCAUCCGGCCGGGGGACCAGUACAAAGACCCCCAGGGCAAGAAGAAGGGCUGGUGGUACGCCCACUUCGACGGGCCCUGGAUCGCACGCCAGAUGGAGCUGCACCCCGACAAGCAGCCCAUCCUGCUGGUGGCCGGGAAGGACGACAUGGAGAUGUGCGAGCUGAGCCUGGAGGAGACGGGGCUGACCCGGAAGCGCGGCGCGGAGAUCCUGGCGCGGCAGUACGAGGAGAUCUGGGAGCGCUGCGGCGGUGUGCAGUACCUCCGCAGCGCCAUCGAGAGCAAGCAGGCGCGCCCCACCUACGCCACCGCCAUGCUGCAGAGCCUGCUCAAGUGAGGCGGGGCUUUGGGGGGGGGGGGCGUUGCCGCGGAGACCACAAAGGGAGAGGGGGACGGACUGGGCGGGGGCUGGGGGAUGGCGUUCCUGCUAAGGGUCAUGUGGCCCACGGUAUGUCCGGUCCGUUGGGGUGGGGGGGGGUUCCUGUUUGUGUCGGGCCGGGGGGGGGGGGGGGGGGGAUUUUGGACCGAGAACCAAGAAAACAACGACGGAGCGAUUAGAGCUGAUUCACGCUGAACGAUCACAAGCUCAGCCGUUUUUUGUAAAGGAAUUAUAAUUUCUCUAACGUUUCUAACGCCUUAAACAGACAGAAACGACCACCUUAAGCCGAGCCUCGACGCUCUGGUAGGACUGUUCCAAUGCUGCCUCCCCAAAAAAAAAAUACAGAAUGAAGAUUUAGCAUUUUACUUUUUAAUUAAGUUUUUUUUUUUUUCUUUGUGCAUAAUUAUGCAAUUCCAUGUACACUGAGCGUCUUACUGGUCUUAGCGGUGUCUUACUGGUCUGAUGGUGUCGCCGGCCCUCUGUGAUUCUGUCUCUACUUCCAACCUGCUGUUUACAUGCUUGUACGUGUGUAUCGGCAUGCAUGUGCGUGUGUAUGUGCGUGCGCAUGUGUGGUUGCGUGCGUGCGUGCGUUCAUGCGUGUGCGUGCAUAUGCACGCAUGUGCGUGCGUGCGUGUGUGCGUGCGUGUGCGUGCGUGUAGGUCCUACAGGGCAGCCCUUGCACAAGGAGAAAUCAGGUCUUGUUCGUAUCGGGGAGUUCUGCAUCACUGUUAGGUUGGACCCCAUCUCCCAUUGCCCGCCACUCCACUCUGUAUACUUACUGAUCUAACAAAGUUUAUAUUUGUAACCUUUCUGUCUUCCCCGAGCGAUUGUUGUUCUGGAGAAUCUUACUUUGUGCUCUUUCCUGUUUGGGUUUCUUCGUCUUAAUGUUGAUGUGAUUAAAAACUAAAAUGGGAGGGGCUACGUGACGGACGGACGACCCGCGACCCAAAGACAAGAGGCUCCGCCUCCAAUCCAACGCCAUGAUUAGGGUUUCAAAAUCAAUUCUGUGUUUGCCUGAGAUUAAAGUGUUCAGAGAAACGCACGCCAACAUAAUGUGGACUGUUGGGUUUAUCGAUGUCUCCGUUAGAGGACACUCGCUACGGCCGUAUCGAGGACGGCUUUGUUCCUAAAACACGUUCCACACUUCCCAACAUUCUUUGUCCACUUCCAAAUCAAUCCCUUGAUUUUUCCUCAUCUCCCUGUCCUCGGGGAGAUGCUAUUCGCUAGACGUGUGGUGUUCGUGUGGUGCUCCUUUAACCACCCAGAUUGUACCGUUAUGCAGACUGGCUCAUGUUGCCAUGUCAACAGUGGGUCCACCAUACGUGGGCAUAUGUGUUGCUGGGCCUGACCUUGUCCACUGCUUCACCUGGGCUCACCUGAGCUCAUCCUCCACGGCAAGGAGGAGGUGGAGAGAGCGAGGCAGGAGCGACCCGACACUGGAACGGCUGUUUAUUUGUGUUAGAACACGUUGAGAGCCAAGGGUGUGGGAGGAACACGACAGAGGAACACGCAGCAAUAACCCCGCCCCCGGGCGACGUAGGGCCGGGCGUAGAACGUAGAGCAGGAUGUAGAACAGAACGUAGAGCUGGGCGUGGAACAGAACAUAGAACGGGACGCAGAGCCGAACUGCAAAUGCAGAAGAGAAGGUAGAACUGGCGAUGCACCCUGAACACGCCCCCCGUGUCGUCCCCGCGGGUCCCACUAGGGGACGUCUCGCGCCCCGCCCACUCUCAGCCGUCGCCCCGGCCCUCGCUUGCAUGACGUUCUCCUCGAGGCAGAGUGACACCCGGGUGCCACACACACACCCCCACCUUGUGUUCCAUGUUGUGCGUCUGUCCCGGUACAUACGGCCCGUCCCGGUACAUGCGGCCUGUCCCGGUACAUGCGGCCCGUCCCGGUACAUGCGGCCUGUCCCGGUACAUGCGGCCCGUCCCGGUACAUGCGGCCUGUCCCGGUACAUGCGGCCCGUCCCGGUAUAGGCGGUCUGUCGUGCUCCUCCACAUUCAUUACAAUCAUUCCCAGUAGCACUGCCUUUUUUCCACAUGUGGGGUUUUCUAACGCUGAUCUCUAACUGAUGAAUAAAAAACGCAAUCCAUCUUUCA